UUAAACAAAUAACUAAUACAUAUAUGGUGAAGUUUCAAUGAUGGAGCUGGAAGAUAGUGCAAAGUGUACCCCACAGCUUGUAUGUUUCAGUCAAAAUCAUGGCAACAAUGUCAUAUUGCUUGAGAAUAACACUGUUGCUUACAGGAAAGCCAGCUUUGCCAAUGCACUGACUCUAUCUCAGCACCCAGUAUUGCCAGGAGAACUUUUCCUUCUUGAGAUAGAACAAACAGAGCCUGGGUGGACUGGACACAUGAGGCUCGGCCUCACUCAGCUUGACCCCACAUCCCAGCUGCCGCUGUACUCCUUGCCAGAUCUAUCCAACCGAGAAGAUUCCUGGAUCUGCGCUAUCACCAAGCAUCACAACCGUUUAAGUAUUCGUGACGCUGGCAGCAACAACCACUUAUCCCGAAGACGAUGUUUAGGUCAACAAUCAACUUUGUUGAAUGGUGCCAAUCUGAACAGUCUCUCUGAUGGUACUUCAUUUCCUGAAGAAACUUUGUCUACUGGAUCAUCGCGCCAUUUAACCAUUGAGUGUAAUGGCUCAACUUCUGUCUCAGGUUCUAUCAAUGGAAUUGUCAGCAGCAUUGCAUCUGUCAAAGCUAAAACUGAUAGAUGUGAAAUUUCUUACGAGCCUUCUAGCUCCUGUACUGCUGGAAGCAGCUCGUGUUCUACAGUCAAAUCUAAAGUGUCUUCAGUCAGUUUAGCCUCUACUGCUCACAGUUCAGAAGACCAUUCACUUUCAUCAAAUCAUGAACAAAAAUCGGCUCUUGAUGAGCUGAAUGACUAUUUUGUUUAUGGGAAUGGCCAUGUGGAUGAUGAUACUGAGAAUGAUAAAGAAUCAGACAGUAGUAGCUUGAGCUCAGGAGAAAGUGCUACUCGCAUCAGUAACAACAUUAAGGAGUCAGUCAGACAAUUGCUUAUGAAAUUAGCAUUAGAGGAAAAUAAUUCGGCUAUUAAUGAAUCCAGUGUGAUACCUUCGUCAGACUUAUCUGCAAACGGCUUUGACAAAACGACUUGUUCUAAAUGUUUAUUAAAAAUAGCUAAUGGCAAAGAUGCGGAAAGAACUCAAAAUGAAUUUAGUGAUUUAGUUGCUAGUAGUUCUUUUUCUGAAAGCCAUUGCUCCCAAUGUGCCCUGUUUGGUGUAGGGCAACAAAGUUUAGCUGUAGCUAGCUUGUUAGGUACGAGAGUAAAAAGUAAUAAGUGUUGCAAUAGCGAUCCUUGUAGUAAAAGUUCAUAUGAUAGUUCUACUGCAAGUGAUGAUCUUGACAAAUGCUGCGUUUCAAAUCAGAAUAUCAAUGAACCAAAUUCAAGAUUUUUUUCUAGCAGGCUUGAGGACUGCAAUGAUAAUUCACUGGCAGUAUCUCCUAGAUCAACACGUCUAAUAACAACAAGUAAUAACUUGACUUCUCAACGUGAGGACUGUUGCAGCAAUCAUAUGCAUGGAGUUGUCAGAUCUGAAAUAGAAACCGCAAGUGCUGUUGAAAAUUGUACUGUAGCUGGUGGAGAACUGGAUGCAAUGCAAGAUGUUGAAUACACAAAUGGAGAAGAAGGUUACGAUGAACAGCACCAUGAGUAUGUGAGUUGUCUGACUCGUCUGUCUGUGGGUGACCAUCACAUCAGAACAUCACGAGGCCUCGUGCCACGUUCUGUUCUCUUGCCAUCUUGUUUCUCCAACUCUGCAGAGGGCUUCUCAGGCCAGCUUCCUCUGGCCACCGAUGAAGGAAGCAGAAUUGGUCUCAUCUAUUUACCACAGGGAGGUGACUAUGCAGAGAUGCAUUAUAUCAUCAAUGGAGAAGAUCAGGGGAUCUUCACACGACUUCUUCCUUACAAGGAUGCGCCGCUCUACGCCAUUGUUGAUGUAUAUGGCACCACCAAACGCGUGCGCAUCAUUCAGCUUUACGAAACAAUGAGCCUGAAGAUGGCAUGCCGCUCUGUCAUCCUGCAACGGCUCGUGCCUGAAGACAUCCCCCUCCUGCCGCUGCCGCCCCAGCUGCUGCAGUAUCUCCUAUCCUAUGACGCCUGACCUUCUGUCCUCUCUUGCCUGACCUUCUGUCCUCUCAUGCCUGACCUUCUGUCCUCUCAUGCCUGACCUCCUGUCCUCUCAUGCCUGACCUCCUGUCCUCUCAUGCCUGACCUCCUAUCCUAUGAUGCCUGACCUGUCCUCACUUGCCUGACCUUCUGUCCUCUCAUGCCUGACCUUCUGUCCUCUCUUGCCUGACCUUCUGUCCUCUCAUGCCUGACCUGUCCUCUCAUGCCUGACCUCCUGUCCUCCCAUGCCUGACCUCCUGUCCUCUCUUGCCUGACCUUCUGUCCGCUCAUGCCUGACCUCCUGUCCUCUCAUGCCUGACCUCCUGUCCUCUCAUGCCUGACCUCCUGACAAUCCUUUCUUGUGUCCUCUAAACAAUGCGGGUUCCUCUUACUUUCUAGGAUUGGUUCCUUGCGAUGUCCGGUCCAAUAUUUCCCUCUGGUGUCCUGAAGAAAUGAGC